AUGCGCGACGUCGCGGGCGUGUACGCCGUCAGUGACGUGCACGUCGAUCACGAGAAAAACGCCGCGUGGGUGCGCGCACUUCGACGUCGCGAUGACGUGGACGUCGCGUGCGUGUGCGGAGACGUGAGCGACGAUUUAGACGCGCUCGAGGAGACGCUCGAGGGAUUCAAGCGCGCGGCGUUCGCGGAGGUGUUUUAUACGUUCGGAAACCACGAGCUGUGGUUGGGCGAAGCCGACGAGACGCGCGGGACGAAGGAUUCCAAGGCGAAGAUCGAAGAAGUGUUCGCGAUGUGCGCGAGAAUAGGGGUGCGGACGUCGCCGAUGAAGGUUUGCGAUGGGCUUUGGAUCGCACCGGUGCACUCGUACCAUCAUAAGGCGUUCGACACCGAGCCCGAGGUCGCAGAAGCGGUGCCGCCGGUGGAGCGCGUCAUGAACGAUUUUCGGUUCUCGAAGUGGCCCGAUGGGAUGGACGAUCGCGAUUCCGACGACGUCGCGCGAUAUUGCGAUUCACUGAACGAUGGCGCGGCGUGGGAGACGUUCUUGCGAUCGAUCGAGCGGGGCGAUAGGGUCGUUAGCUUCUCCCACUUUCUUCCUCGACUCGAGCUGUUGCCGGAGAAACGCAUGCUUUUUUAUCCGAAACUCGCGCAAGCGAGCGGUUCGGUUCAUCUGCGCAAACGCGUGGAAGAAAUUAAGUCACGCAUUAACGAUGGUGAUAUGACGCACGUGUUUGGGCACACGCAUUUCGGUUGGAAUACGCAAAUCGACGGAGUCAGAUACGUCCAGGCGUCGUUGGCGACACCGAAGGAGUGGCAAAAACGCCCGCGUAGUUUAAUCAUAGGCAACUGGACGAACGCACAACCCGAACCUAUGUGCGUAUACACGAAAGCGCGUUCGCUGGGGGUCGUCGACGACGCGAAGGCGAUGUGGAGCGAGUAUUACGCGAAGAAUCGUAGAACGCCGGAAGACGUCGAAUUGGCGCCGCACGCGCGCGAGUUCGUUCAAAGGCGCUGGGGCGAUCGUCGAUUAGAGUCGAACGGCGCUGAUGCGCCGUUACCAGGCGCGACGGGUCGGGUCAAGUAG